AUGAGACAUGGGGAGAUGUUUUCUAGAAAUGCUUAUCAGAUUUCACACUCUAGAAAAUCAAUGACUUCUUUACAAUCGUGUAAGUGGCUUGAUUGCCGGAGAGUUCCAUUGCGUUGCAUUGCGGUGAUCAUGUAUUCCUCGGGCAAGUUGGGCAGAGAGCUUGUCUGUCAGUCCCAAAAUUUUGCAUGA